GGCCCCCGUAGAGUCAUAAUUCGGCCUACAGGAGCCGCAGACGUCAUUGUUGUGUCGUGAAGCGGUGCCUGCCCAAGGCACACCACACCACACACACACAACCACAACACACCACUUAGCUGCACACUGCAUCCCGCUGCAGACCAGCCCAGCCCAGCCAGUGUCCCGCAGCUUUUCCUCCACCCUACCCUGGCCCGCGAGGAUUCCCUGCUUUCCCAUCCGCCCGCCCGUCAAACUUAUUUCCCCGUGCUCGCAUCGUGACAUCGUCCGUUUCUCCUCCUCACAAGUCUCUUCAUCUUCAACCUCUACGACUUCCGUGAUACCCCAUCCUACAAAGAUACCCCCCGCCUGCACCCAGACGUCCGCGACAGCCUCUCACACACACGCUCUACCAAACCCCUCAUCUCACAAAACCUAACCACUUCGUCACAAUGUCUUACGCCGACGUCGCCGCUUCUGGCCCCAAGCAGACCCCCGAGGAGGCGGCCGCCCCCCAGCCCCCCCAGAUCAUCCCCAACGAGUCCGCCAGCAGCACGGCCUCGCUCGUCGAUGUGGACACGCCCUCGGUCCGCACAGUCCCUUCAGACUUCAACGAGCAGGACAUCAAGACGGAGACGCAGCAGGCCCGCAUCGAGAUGGAGGAGGCCGCCGCCAAGGCCCGCGCCGAGGCCGACCUCGCCAAGAAGAAGGCCGCGAAAAAGGCCCGCAAGGCAGAUGACUUCCUCACCAAGUGGUUCGGCGACCUCAGCGAGGACGCCAGCACCGCCAUCGUCGUGUCCAACCUAGCCGCCGUCAUCGGCCUCGGUUCCUACCUCGGCUACAAGGCUUACGGCCUCUACGAGCGCGGCCGCCUCACUGGCAAGAGCGUGGCUGUCGGCCUGGGCAUCGUUGCUGGCGUCGCAGCCUUUGAGGGCGUGCUCGGAGGGGCAAGAAGCAGUCGAGAAAUUAGGCAUUUCCCGAGCUCGACCAGUGCACCAAACUCUGCGAAAAGACGCGUUGAGGGGGCCGCACGGGGCCCCGGCGACUGGGCCCCGUGGAGGCUUUACCACGCUUAUCGCUACGGCUCACAGCCACGACUACGAAAUCACACCUCUCUUGUUCAUUAACGCGGUUUUAUUCUGGUUUCGAAUUUUUCUUGGUUCAAUGACGCGGGAAUGGCGCAGGAGUUCGUUGUACGGGUAACGGUAAUCCAUCUCC